AUGGGCAACCACGAGCAUAUCAAAGCUGCCGAGGGCGAUAGGCAUUUUCAUCGCCUGGGAUGGAAGCGCCUGACUAUUGUUUUGAUUGUUCAAUCUGUCGCCCUCGGUAGCUUGAGUCUUCCCUCCGCAUUUGCGACGCUAGGAAUGGUUGCGGGAGUUAUUUUGACAGCCGGCUUCGGUAUGAUUGCCCUUUACUCGAGUUAUAUUAUCGGUCUCAUGAAGCUUAAGUAUCCACAUCUUCCUUAUUAUGUUAACUUCGGACAUCUUUUGAUGGGUGGUAUUGGAGACAAGAUUUUUAGUGUGGCUUUCAUGGCUCUAAUGAUCCUGACAGUCGGCUCGCAUUGUUUGACCGGAAAACUUGCUCUCGCUACAAUAACACAGAGCAAUAUAUACGCCAUUCUCUUCAGUGUUGUGUCUGCUGUGAUUCUCUUUGCCUUCGCAGUGCCACCUUCCUUUGCUAAAAUCUCUAUUCUCGGCUACAUCGACUUUGUUUCUAUUAUUGUGGCUAUUGGAAUUAGCAUAAUCGCGACUGGCAUUCAAAACACAGGCCCCGUAUCUUUAGAUUGGUCCUCUUGGGCUAAAGAUGACCUUACACUAAGUGAAGCCUUUAUUACCAUUUCCAACAUUGUUUUUGCAUAUUCCUUCGCCUCCGCUCAGCCUUCGUUUAUGGAUAAGAUACAUACUCCGAAGGAUUUCACAAAAUCGAUUCUUACCUUAGGGGUAACCCAGACCACAAUAUAUACCAUUACUAGUGCUACGAUAUAUGCUUUUAUCGGGCAAGACGUCCAGUCUCCUACACUGUUAUCAGCAGGGCCUCUAUUUGCUAAAAUUGCAUUUAGCGUGGCUCUACCUAUCAUAUUCAUCUCCGAUUCAAUCAAUACAACAGUUGCCUGUCGAUUUAUUCAUGGUAGAAUGUAUCAACAAUCAGUGGUUCGUUACGUUAACACCACCAAGGGUUAG